CCAAACUUUAUAUGUGAGACAAAAAGUUACCUGAUUGUGACUUACGGCUGGGAAUGAUGGGACCCCGACCCAUAAUCAUUGCCAAAAUUCAUACUUGAGACAAAAAUUUACCAGAUUGUGACUGGCGGCUGGGAAUGACAGGACCUAACCGCCCAACCCCUCAUACUCCUGGCACAUAGGGGAAAAAGGUAUCUUAUUGUGACAUGUUGUUGGAAAUGAUACCGCCUGUAGCCGCCCAUCCUCACUGCUAAAAUGAAAUAAAAGAGUCAAAAUUUCAAGUUCAAAUUGUCUAUUCGGCUACAGUCAAAAACUAUUUAUAGAACAAAUUAAAAACACGUGGUCAUUCAACAAUAUUCCAGAUUAUCAUACCUCAUUAGUAUGUGAGCCAAUCACGUCGCGUCAUUCACGACCACGUGCCAUGCGAUAAUUUUGACUAUGGUCUCACUAGCCAGUGGUGAUCAGGUCAACAUUGGUCCCCCUUUAAAAAAAAAGUUCUUCGAUCUCAGGCGAUUACCAUGGAUACAGAUAAGCCUAUCAUAUCGCUAUUGCUGCAUGUUCAAAUGUCGGUGUCCUGGGUAUUUUGUGAAGAGGUAGCUCUGACGAUUAUUUGAGGAAAAUAUCAGCUUCUUCUGUGCACGUCCGCAGUGACCAGGCCUCGCAUGCUAUGUAUAGCUCAAUCGGAUGUUGACAUGAACUGGUUCCUGUCAGAGUGCACAUGUUCUCAAGGUGAGACUUCGCGGUCAAAAUGCUCAAAGAAAAGCCGCAACGACACCCUAUUUUGGUAUCAAAAUUUAAAAUUGUUAUUAUUUUGCUUUCUCAAGGUGAUAAGUAGAAGUUUAUAAAAAUAUUAUUUCACCAUCCAUGUUAAUCGUCAAAUUAUAAGGCGGCAAGGUGAAAUUUUCAAAAUUUUCAUCGAUGUACAGGGUGUCUCAUGUAUUGUGCUGCCCCCAUGUUCUCAUGACUGAAUUACUUGAUAACAAUGAAAGCUGGUCAGAAGUAUUUUAGAAGCGACAAGCUAUUCAGAAAUGUAUAAGUUUAUGUGUGAGAGUGAUAUACUGCAAGGUCGACAGCCACUUGAACAGGGGUAUGCAUGAAAUGACGUCGCGCCAUUUGUGGAGCCAGGUAGGCCCGGCCACUGCACUGGCUAGUGAGACCUAUUGCAUUAUUCCACGGCUGACGUCAUCGAUGACGCGAUAUUGCAAAUGGCGGCCAUUAAGAUUUCGACGAAAUCGGCGAUAAAAAACAGCAUAUUUACGGCGUUUUAAGCCAGGAAGUUGCAUUGGGUGGGACUGUUACAUCCACGAACAGAAAGUACAAGGCAUUCAAGUUGGGCCUGGACUCGCUUCAAACAAACAUCGUCUGCUAAUGUAAACACACACUGUCUACAGUACAUAAUGUACACGUCUUCGCUCCAUACAUGAUUAGCGUAUCCGCCGAUUAAAAAUCACUUUGACAGUGGUUUGGGUCGCUGUGCAAAACCUGCUGGGCCGAUUUCUUCAAGGUUUGGUUUAAAGUUAAGCCUCGUGAAAUAAUUUUUUACCUGACAAAUAAUUUUGACUAUUCUAUGGCUUGACAUGCAAUAUAUAUAAUAUUCAAUGGUAUUCUUCGUUGCGCAGAGAAUGUGCGCAAAAGCAAACACACAGUAGAAUGUUCACUGUUUAAUGCGAUAUCGACAACAGUGAAAUGCUCUACUGUUGUAUAGUAGAGAGUACGUUGCCUAACAGACACCCCUGUUAGCAGGACACCCGCACUGUUGGGUUAAUUACUGGUGCUUGUGUUUCACUACACACUCCAGUGAAACCUCCCUUUUAGUCCUUUUAGACACCUCGAUUUUAGUCCAAAAUGGGUCAUUUCAUUCAAUUUGACCUCUGAUAUCAGGACAUCUCCCUGUUAAGGACAGGAUUUGUAAGCUCCAUAGAGAGGGCUGGAGGCCAACAAUGUCUAAUUGUGUUCUUUGGAUUGCAGUUUUCAUGAGUUUAAUGACUUUUUAAAUAUUCUCUUCCAGAACGGUGGUAUUUACUGGCUAUAUUGAUCCAACCACAGUACUUUCACCAUCAACAUGUUAUGGUCAAUGCUCCGCCGCUUCUUUUAUGCCUGUUAUCAGCUCGCAUUCGGCAUGUGGAAUAGGCUUGUUCAGACCGUAAUUGAGAGAUUGGUUGCCACAGAUAGAAUAGCAAGAAAUCUCAGACGACCAGAAAGUGGUAUAUUGGGAGCCAUUACCUCGUCCAUUCUAAAGAAGGCCAACCAGCCUGUUGAAAGAAAUGCUGUCAAACAUCUUGACGUCCGGCCCAAUCAUACUGUCCUUGAAAUCGGCUUUGGACUCGGUUACGGAAUCCAGCAUGUCCUCGAUAUCAUUAAAGAAGGAGACGGAUUUCUUCAUGGCCUGGACAUCUCAGACGAAAUGGUCAGAAGAACGGCGAGACGUUUCCAAAAGGAAAUCAAGGACAAAAGGGUCAACAUUUGCAUUGGGGACGUGGCAUGCAUGCCUUAUGAAGACAACACAUUUGACAGAGUAUUCCAUACAAAUUGUUACUACUUCUGGCCAGAUAUGGAUAAAGCAGCCAAGGAGAUCUAUAGGGUGAUGAGAAAAGACAGCGUCAUGGUUACAGCAUUGGUGCCUGAUAGGGUAAAAGACGGAGUGAAUAAAGGAGCGCUGAAAUAUGGAAACCCAGAUCAAACACGCUAUGUUGAUGCCCUGAGGAACAAUGACUUUGUUGAUGUUCAAGUACAGGAUUUUUAUGACGCAGCGGAUGGCCUGUACCCAUGGUACCAGGCGGUUUUUGCCUAUGUGAAAAAGAAAUGAAUCUUUCUUCAUUAUCUCAUGGUUAGGCAACGCCAAUUUAAUACCUUGGAUAGCGGCCUGCCAACGAACCUAUCCGCCCAAUGUGGGGAAAAAACUUCAUACCACCAACAACCAGUGCCAAAAGUCACGUGUUGACACUAACACAAAUUUUAUAGGGAAAAACACUUGUCUGGUUUGAAUUUCAUAGAAAAACUUGAGUUUCAUUUACCCCAUAACACCAACAAGUUAUGGUGCCUGCCAUUUUGAUUUUGGUGCCUAACAUGAACUCUAGUAUUUUUUUCACUGGCACUAAAUUUGUAUUUAACAGUUGUAUAAUGCCGUGGUCACACUGGGGUUUUAACACGAAUUGAAUUCGAAUUAAAACGUUGAUACGUAUUGGGGCGUCACACUCAAUUCGGUUCAUACCGAUCUCAAUCCGCUUUAACCAACACGGUUCUUAAACCGAAUUGAAUGCGAAUCAGCUAAUCCGAAUCAACGAAACCGUAUUGAGAUUUCAAGUGUGACGCGCUUGAUACGAAUUAAGGUUUUCGAUCGCACUGCGCAUGCGCCCGGGGCAUGGAAAGUGACCUUUGACCGCGGGAACUAGUGCUCCGAACUAGUUAACUGAUGUAUUUAAAUGAUCUCAUUAACUCAAAUCGUUUUUCGUUAUGCCAUAGAAUAGGGAAAAAUCAACUCCCUUGCACGUGACUUGCAUUUCCAUUUCCUGGCAAGGUAUGUUGCCGCCGGUUCGUUGGUCAAAGGUACACAUCAGCAACAUCGUCGCGGCGCGGUUUUCCCCGGUUUUGGCCUCGUUUUCGAGGGCGAGGCCGGGAUUCUCCGCAUUUAGCGACGGUGGUGUCGACUCGCUGAGGACACCCCUCUUUGACCCGAACUUUGGCAAUAGGCAUGGCUGGGAGAUGGAAAUGGUCAAGCACCUUACGCAAUUUUAACUUGUUAAUAAUGACUGUGUGAUACUGUGAUAUUAUAUACUUAUAUGUUUUGUACUUGAAAUUUUAUUCCCUCAUAUGGGAGGUUAAUGAAUAAUAAUAAUAAUGAUAAUAAUAAUAGAUGGCGCGUCGUUAGUAUGCAUUGAGUGUGGCGCGUUUUAAACCGAUUUGAAUGCGUAUUCGGACCAGUGUGACGCGACCGUUCUGAAACUGGAUUAACCAAUUCGUAUUCCGGAGAGCGCUCUACGGAAUUCGGUUUCAAUUCGCAUCCAGUGUGAACACACCAUAAGAUUCCAUGGAUUUUUGAAAUUGACCCUUAGUAUUUUCAGGUAUUUUAAUUGGCGACUGCAAUGGGGAAUAGAACUAUGAUGGGCACAUAUUUAAUUCUUAUAUAAAAGCCCUACGCAUAAUUUAAAGCCCCAGCCCAUCAUUUAUUCCAGGCUUUAGCUAAUUGUAUGUAAACGAUGUAGAAGCUUAAUAUGAAUAGGAUAGAAAUAGCAAAUAAUGUUAAGUUCCUCAAAAAAAUACUGUUUUGGAGCAACUAUAAAUGUAAACAUGCUAAAGUCUGUUAAAUUCCUGGAAAUGCAUCAGCGCCACCACAAUCAGCUCAUUCUUCCUUUGGCAGAAAUCGGUGCUAAAACAUUAACAUAAUCAUUAUAAUUUUAUUGAGUCACCACUUUACAUGAAGUUUAAAAAAGUUUUACAAAGUAACUCAUCCGCAGUAGGAAAUAACAAUGACAGAACAACAUUCAUCCUUUAUCUCUGCUUAUGGAUCACAUGCUAAUGUUUAACUGGUUUAUGCCUGUUUCGCCUAUUCCUGUUUCGCCUAUUCCCGUUUCGCCUAUUCCUGUUCCGCCUAUUCCUGUUUGGCCUAUUCCUGUUUGGCCUAAUCCUGUUUGGCCUAUUCCUGUUUGGCCUACUUCCUGUUUCGCCUACUUCCCGUUUCGCCUACUUUCCAGUACCCCUACAAUAAAUCGACUCUCCCACGGGGAACCUUAGGGAUGCAUGUCCAUUUUAUGGGGAAAAUGUGAGGGGACAAUUGGAUGAUGCUAACGAUGUGAUGACAAUUUGACUAAUCAAAUGCCAUCAACUUUGUUAACAAACCAUGCCAUGACUGUUUUGAAAGAGUCACCUUGAAAGCGGGGACAGUCCUGGACUUAUUUUACCAUGGGACCAUGCUGACACACAGUAAAAACUAAUAGAUUAAAGGCCAUAACUCCAGUUUUUUUUGCCAUUUUCUGCUGUAAGUCGAUUUCAAAAAAUACAGAAAACCAAAUGCAAUUAGCUCCAUCCAUUUUGAAGAUAUAGCCAAUUAUGUGAUUGACAACUUGAUUACCUAAUCAGGCUAGCAACUGGCUUGUUAGAGCCAGGCGGCGGGUUCAGCAGAAGUUGUGAUGUAGAUCAGGCUAUCUGUACAUGUCAUGCAAUCAUAAAAGCAGGAGGGCCUUAAUUAAUUAUGCACACCUGGAAGUAAUGUGUUUCAUUCACUAUGGUGUAUUGUGUGGCUCCGAAUUGUGUCAAGGAUAGCACAAAGAACAAUCGAAUGACGGAUGGGACCCAUUUUCAUGAAUUUCUAAAGCCAGUUGAACGAGAGAGGAGGAAGCUGUGGAUUCGGAAGUGCAAACGUUUGGAGUGUUGGAAGCCUGGGCCUUCGGCCAAACUUUGCAGUGAUCACUUUAUCGAUACGGAUUAUCACAUGAAGCCGGAUAUCUGCAUCCAACUGAAUAUUAAAUGCCACUUGUUAAAAACAGCUGUUCCAUCUGUAUUCGAUUUGACCAACCCCACUUACAUGCGACAGCCUCCAAACGAACGUUCGUUAGCCAAAAAACGUAAACAUCAAGAAGUGAGUUGAACACUAUUUCAUGAUUUAUACACUGCUGAUGCACACAACACUCAUACUACCCAAAUGGCCAUGUCAUCCACUGUACAGUGGCUACACAACCAUGUCAAUUGCAUUUAAUGCCCGAGGCUGCUGAGGUCGGUUGUCAUCACUUUCGUCCGAAUGAUCACUCUCAUUAUGAUCUAAGUGAUAUUAAUGGCUCGAACAUGUACGGCUCAACGUUUAAAUAUCCUUCUGUAUCGACCAAAACAUCCUCAAAUUCACUGCUCUCUGAACUAUAUGCGGAAGCCAUCUUGCUUUGUUCUGACUAGCCUGAUCUACGUCAUCAAAAAUCCCUAGCGGCCACAUGUGGAACUAAUUUAAAGUUGUGUGUGGUGGGAAAUUCAAAUAGUUUAAAAUUGAAAAUUGAAAUAACUAAAUAAUGACUUUAUUAUUAGAAUUUUUUUAAUGUCUGCGAUCUUGUUUUUUUAACCCUCAACAUAUUUCAUGAGUAUCAAGCAUGUUUUCAAACCUAGAUAUAUGGCCUUUAAGUAGAGUAAAGCAGUCGUUUAUUUUAUAAAAACAGGAAUUCAUGAGUUUUUGAUAAAAAUAGAUAAUACUGUACAUUCUCAUAAUUAUUUGAUCAAAAUCAGCUGUAAAACCCAUGUCAUAAUAUACAUGUAGGUACAGCUCAUAUCAAGUCAAACAAGGUUGAAAAUACAUAUCAUGAUAUAUGAUUUCACGUGCAGCUUAUGACGAUAUCGUCAUUCAUAAGACCAAUUAUUGUCGCACCAAAGGGCAUAGUACAAUGACAAAUAGAACAAAACUUAAAGAUUAUCAUUCGAAUUAGUGAAUUCUUUAGGACAGUACAUAUCCACGUACUAUCAAUAUGAACCACAUAUAAAUCUUGCUCUUCGACUACUGGAAACCUUUAAUGCAAAGUUUCAACAGUACCUUUCUCAAAUCUAAUGAAAGGGUAAAACUUCCUUACUAUUUUAUUUCUUGCCUUUUAAAAUAAGCUAAAACAUCAGCCUAUGUAAGCUAUGUAUAAUUUUCCAAAGUUAUUCCGAAUAAUACUGAAAUAAUUGACAUGUCGCUAAAUCCAUUAUUUCAGAUUUUAUUCUUAAUGAUAGCCUUUAACACUAUAGUAAGGGACGGUUCAUAUUCCUACGUCUGUGGGGAGGUUAGCAAUACAUUUGAGUAGGCGAAACAGGAAUAGGCGAAACAGGAGUUAUGCGAAACAGGAAUAGGCGAAUAAGGAAUUAGGCGAAACAAGAAUAGGCGGAACAGGAAUACACCGUUUAACUGUGGUUUUGUUCGUUGACGGUGGAUUGGAACUAAUAAAACAGAAGACGAUACACGA